AUGUCCUUAAGAAAGCUCAUUCAGCAAAACCGCAAUGCCAAUUUUGUGGGCUACUGCGUUAGUCCAAGUUACACACCUUACUUGGAUCCAAUGUGCAGUCCCCAGAUGGAUAACAGAAGAAUUCAGAGUCUGGCAAACACAGUGGGGACGUUGCCAAGGGGACGCAAACAGCUUGCUUUAACCAGAUCAAGUUCCUUAGGUGACUCUUCUGGGCCACAAAGACGGCUUCUUGCUAUUGUCAAAGAAGAUAAUGAAACAUUUGGAUUUGAAAUUGAGACACGUAGAUUACAACACCAAAAUGCUUGCUCCCUGCAAAUAUGCACUUAUGUCUGCAAAAUACAAGAAGAAAGUCCUGCCCAUCUUUCUGGCCUGCAAACAGGUGAUAUUCUAGCCAAUAUCAAUGGAGUGAGCACUGAAGGUUUUAGUCACAAGCAAAUAGUGGACUUGAUAAAAUCUUCAGGGAAUUAUUUAAGAUUAGAGACUGUUAAUGGAGCCAGGAUUGUUAGGAGAAUGGAACUUGAAACCAAGCUGCAGUUAUUGAAGCAAACUUUGCAGGAAAAAUGGGUGGAGUUCCGAUCGCUGCAAUUACAGGAACAACGCUUGCUGCAUGGGGAGGUGAAUGACAACAACUUUGACACCCUGGAAUUGGAGUCCAAUUUAUUUGGUAGUUGUGCUUCAUCAAGGCCUGCCUUCCCAAUUAAGCCCCGAUUCUCCAGCGAAAGCAGCUGUAAAAGCCAGCUGAGCUCAAUGACAGUGGACAGUGAGGAUAGCUUCUACCAGACCUAUGUUUUUGAGGAUUCUGCUCAUGAGACUCUGAGCCGACAGUCGAGCACAGAUGAUGAUUGCUUCUUUUCGAGGGACAAUGACACUGCAGUAGGGAAAUAUUCACUGAGGAGGAACAGAAGCAUCAGUCUGGCUAGCAGUGGAUCAAUGUCACCCUCAUGGGAUGGAGGCAGUUUUUCAAAUAUUUUUGGAACACUCCCACGGAAAAAUAGGAGAGGAAGUGUCCGAAAGCAGCUUUUAAAAUUCAUUCCAGGUCUUCACCGAGCGGUUGAAGAGGAAGAAAGUCGUGUCUGA